GAUUUCUUCCAGCCCACUUGCCUCUGUGCGGGCGUCUUCCCUCUUGUGCAUCCUCUCCCUGUUGAUCAAGAGGAAAACUUUAACUGGAUUUCUCAAACGGUUUUGCAUACUUUCUUAAAACGCAUUUUGUUUGAUUUUUAAAGCGUUUGUGCACGCCCAACGUGCACGGACACAAACUCGGAAUUAUGGCUCUAAGUACAUCUAUUUUAGCGCUUUUGUGCUCUCUGUUGGUAGGGGCGCGAGCACAACUCGCAACUCACAACUUGGAUAGACCAAGGUUUCAAGACUGCCCCGUGGAUCUUUUCUUUGUCCUGGAUACCUCUGAAAGUGUGGCACUGAGGGCAAAACCACCAGCAUUCUACAUCGACCAGAUUAAGAAUUUCAUCAAGAACUUCAUCGACGAGCUCAAAGACACGCGUCAACCGUGUGACCGAUUCGUGACAUGGAACUCAGGUGCGCUGCACUACAGCGAUGAAAUCAUCCUUAUUCAGGAAUUGGUUGACAUGGAGACACAGAGAGUUCACCUGAAGGAUGAAGUGGAUAAAAUCUCCUACAUUGGGAAGGGGACAUACACAGACUGUGCCAUCAAGAGGGGCAUCGCAGAGCUUCUCGUCGGCGGUUCUUAUUACAAUGAGAACAAGUACAUUGUGGUGGUGACAGAUGGACACCCUAUCACCGGCUACAAGGAGCCAUGCGGAGGUCUGCAGGAGGCCGCCAACGAGGCCAGGCAGCACGGAAUCAAAGUUUUCUCUGUGGCCAUCACACCCGACCAGGCGGACACCAGGCUGUCUGUAAUCGCCACAAACAUGAACUACAGACAGAACUUCACGGCCGCAGAUGGAACCAGGUCCACCCAGUCAAAAACCAUCAACACCAUUAUCAGCAUGAUUACAAAUGAAACUAAGGACGUGUGCUGUUCCUUCGAUUGUACUGCUAAAUCAGGUGUAAGAGGCCCUGAUGGGGAGCCUGGAUCCAAGGGUGAGUCUGGCAGACCAGGGAUGCCAGGGGAGAAAGGAGACUUUGGCGACACGGGAAAACCAGGUGACCCAGGCCCAAUCGGCUACCAGGGCAUGAAGGGAGACAAAGGGACGCGGGGAUACAAGGGUGAAAGGGGUCACAAAGGAUACAAGGGAGAUAAAGGGCAUCGUGGAAUAGAUGGGAUUGAUGGACGGAAGGGGGACGCUGGAUUCCCAGGCCUCGCUGGCUGUAAAGGAUCCCCGGGACAAGAUGGAUUACAGGGGGAACCCGGGCCAAAAGGAGAUCCUGGACCCUACGGCCACAAAGGAGCAAGAGGAGAGACUGGAAUUGAUGGUGAGCCAGGAAGACCAGGAAACUACGGCCCACUUGGAGGCAAGGGCGAACCAGGGCCAAGGGGACCCGAUGGGGAUAAAGGAGAGAGGGGCGAUGAUGGAAAAACAGGACCAGAUGGACCUCGUGGAGAAACGGGAAUACCAGGAGAGGACGGUGAACAAGGUAGCCGCGGAAACAGAGGACCCAGGGGAGACAGGGGCGAUCCAGGCCCGAGGGGUGAGCCAGGCCGAGAGGGAUCAGCCGGACCCAACGGAGAACCAGGUGAAGUGGGACGCGCUGGAUCAGCUGGGUACAGGGGAGACGAAGGUGCCCCAGGACCUGAGGGAACCAAAGGGCCAAGGGGAAUUAAGGGCUCCCAUGGAGACAGAGGGCAGAUGGGUGAGAGGGGAGAAGAUGGAGCUCCAGGAAAUGGGACUGCAGGAUGCCAUGGCUUCCAAGGUUAUCCAGGUCCUAGAGGAGAGCCUGGAAAGUCGGGUGCGAUCGGCACUCCUGGGCCCAAAGGAGACGACGGCGAGCCUGGUGAUCCCGGACCAGACAAUAACAUACCUGGAAAUCCGGGACCAAAAGGACUCAAGGGACACAGAGGACCAGAAGGAAAGCCGGGACCAGCUGGGCCACCUGGACCUUCGGGCGCUGAUGAAUGUGAAAUCCUGGAUAUUAUCAUGAGGAUGUGCUCUUGCUGUGAGAGCAAGUGCGGCCCACUGGACAUCGUGUUUGUCGUGGACAGCUCAGAGAGCAUCGGCGCCCAGAACUUCGCCCUCGCCAAGGACUUCAUUCUGACUGUAAUUGACAGACUGAUGAAAGACCAGCAAGUCAGGUUCGGUGCCAACGAGUCACGUGUAGGUGUGGUGCAGUACAGCGGUGAGAAUGCUCAAGAGGUGGUGCGACUCGGUGACAAGAACAUCACCAACCUCGUCGAGCUCAAACAAGCGGUGAAGGACUUCAGGUGGCUUGCUGAGGCCACAUACACCGGAGAAGCCCUACAGUUUUCCCUGACCAACUUAAUCUCCCGUAUCAAAGCCGAAAACAGCAUAGUGCUGGUCCUGACAGAUGGGCGUGCAGACGUCAUUAGAGACACAGUGCCUCUCAACGUGCUCUGCAACCAGGGGAUCAGGGUGGGCGGGGUUGGUGUUAUGGAUUACAGUGGCAGAAUGCCCAACCCAGAGCAGAUUGACGGCAUGGUUUGUAAGAACGACCCCAGGAAACCCGGUUUCUCUUUUAUUCUCGACAACUUCGGUGAGCUUCUGGAUGAUACGUUCCUCACCAACCUGACAGCUCAGAUGUGUCAAGAUAAGAAGGCACCCGAUUUUAAAUGUCCAAUCAUCUUCAAGGCUGACACCGACAUCUUCCUCAUGAUGGACAGCUCUGCCAGUGUGGGCAGUAAAAACUUUGAGCUGACCCGCACGUUCGUGAAACGCCUGGCGGAGCGCUUCCUGACAGCGGAUUCUUCACACCUCGUCGACGUGCGCGUGGCGGUGGGCCAGUACAGCCGAGACGCCACCAUAGAGGCCGACUUCUCCGGCAACUACACUGAGGUGGCGGGCAAGAUCGACACCAUGGCCUUCCAGAACGCCGCCACGGACGUCACGGGCGCCCUCAGCUUCGUCAUCCAGAGAUUCAGGCGCUCCAGCGGUGUGAAGAAGCUGCUCAUCUUCUCCGACGGGCGCUCCCAGGGGGUGACGGAGACCCUCAUCCAGAAGAGGGUGCAGGAGGUGCAGGCGGCAGGCAUCGAGAUGUACGUGCUGGCCGUGGGGACCCAGGUGAACGAGGCCAACCUGCGUUUCCUGGUCAGCCGCGGAAGGCCGUACGACGUCACUUAUGCCCAGCGCCAUCUCUCCAGGGCCGCCGACUACCCCUCUCUGCUCAGGGGCGUGUUCUACCAAACUGUGUCCAGGAAAGUGUCGCUGGAUUAAAGAAAUUUGGAGAACAGGGCGAUGGGAGGGGAUUAAAUAGUGUAGGCGGCAGGGGUGGGGGGUGUAGGAUUCAGGAAAGGGGAUAUGCAACAGAGAAUAGGGUGGCAGGCAAACUCAGCACAGAUCAUUUGUGAUACAUAUUUUAAACUAGAUCCAUUUUGGUGCUUGUCUUAGAUUAUUCUAGUUUUAUCUUAAAGAAAGUCUUCAGUUAUUCGUCAAGUCAAUUUCAGCAAUUUGUUAUUGAAUGCAUACCAGGGCAUGGAAGGUAAACCUGGUACAACUGCAGGCUUGCCUUUGAAUGGAGAAGUAAGACCAGUUCAACAUUUUUCUGUAGACUGCAUCAGCAGCAGACAGGAGGUGUAUAAUUCCCGCUAAAAUGUACUGAUUAAAAUAAUACUUCUGUAAGGGCAGGUGUAUUGUUUGAAUGCACUGUACAUGUGAUCCAUACCAAUGUGGAUAUACAGGAGAUUCUGCCCAUUAAAAGGUCACCAGCAUUAUAAGGAUUCAUCCUCUCAUUUUGUUUCUUUGAGCUAUUGCAGUGUUGCAAUACUUAAAUGGUAUUAGAUCACCUGGUUUGCCUAAACAAAUGUUUGCCUUAACUAUUCUCUGACAAAGUUUUAAUUUGUUGAAGAAAAUUAGCCAUUUUAUCUGUGUUCUUUUUUUUUUUUUUACAAUAACGAAAGGGGAAAAAAAACAAUGUGCUUUAUUACAUGUUUUAUUAGUAUUGAAUAACAUAUCACUCAAAUAUAUCCAGUGGUGCUGUCUCCAGUGGAGCCUCUCAGGCUUUCCUGAUCUUUUUCAGUUUGUCUGUUUUUUUUGUUUUUUUUUAAAUAUAUAUUUUGCCAUUGAAAAAAAAAGUACAACUAUCUGUCAAAAAUAAGACAUUACCACUAGGUUUUUGUAAAGAUUUCUUAAUCUGCCGGAGACAAUUACAGCCUCAGAGCUACUGUAAGGGAAUGUUCCUUCAAUAAAGGGUCCUUCACCAA